GACGCAGAUGGUGUCGUUGUUAGUCCUGGGAGCUGCAACCGUUAGGCGCUGAAUUUGAAAUUUCUUGUGGAGCCGGAGUGACGGGCCGAGGGCGGACAAGCGGCGGCACCAUGCGCAGAAGCUCGGUCAGUAACCGCCAGUCCCUCCUGCCCCUGCGGGUGCAAGACAGCAACAGGAUGGGGCUCACCACCCCCCAGAACAAAGACAGACACGGGUUUGGCAAACUGUCCAUGACGAAGCCACAUUCCGGGGCGUCUGAGCGGAAGACCAGCUUUUUUGGGAAAAGGGCCAGCGCGGGGACGGGGCGCACCAGUCAGUACGGGGCUUUUGGAGGAAACGACAAAAUCAAGGACCCCAGACCGCUGCACGACAAAUCCUUCAUCCAACAAUGUAUACGUCAGCUGUGUGAGUUUCUGAAUGAAAACGGCUACUCGCAGACGAUUACUGUGAAGUCUCUGCAGGGUCCGUCGACCAAGGACUUCUUGAAGAUCUUUGCCUUUAUAUACAGCUUCAUUUGCCCAAAUUAUGAGAUCCCCGACUCCAAGUUUGAGGAGGAGAUUCCACGGCUCUUUAAGGAACUCGGGUACCCCUUUGCCCUGUCCAAGAGCUCCAUGUACACGGUUGGGGCUCCUCACACUUGGCCCCAGAUCGUGGCCGCUUUAAUCUGGCUCAUAGACUGUGUGAAGCUAAGCUGCGUGCUGCACGUAGACGACAACGUGUUUGAGGAGCCAGCGGGAGAGCAGAGCGAGAACGGCGUCGACUUUAACCAGGUGUUCUUGGAGUACACCACGCGCUGCUAUGACCAGUUUAUGGAGGGUCGGGACACCUUCGACGAGAUCGACAGCGACGUCUGCUCCAGGCUCAAGGACGCGUACAGCGUGGAGGAGUCCCAGCUGGAGUCCAUGCAGGCCGAGUCCAGGAGACUGAUGGAGGAGAUCGAGCGGCUGGAGAAAGAGAAGGAGAACGAGCCGGAUCGUUUGGCUUCAAUGAGGAAGCUGAAAGCCUCGCUGCAGGCGGACAUCCAGAAAUACCAGAAUUAUCUGACGGAGAUCGAGUCGCAUUCCACGCUGCUGUCCCAGCGCGUCGCCAGCAUCUCCGAGGAGCUCGAGGCAGCAGAGCUGGAGUGCGAAGCGAUAAAGCAGGAGAACCUUCGUCUGAAGAACAUCCUGGACAACCAGAAGUACUCGGUGGCCGACAUCGAGAGAAUAAAGUACGAGGAGAACGAGCUGCAGCAGACGAUAAGCAAACUGACCAAGGAUCUGGACGAGGACAAGCAGCACCUGUGGAGCGAGGAGCUGAAAUACGCCAAGAUCCGCGAGUCCGUGGAGACGCAGCUGACGGAGUUUCACAAGCUGGCCCGGAAGGUGCGGCUGAUCCCGUCCACCGCGGAGAACGCCAACGGGCACGACUUUCAGAUCCACUGUAACCUGGACAGCGAGCAGGGCAGCCUGGCCCAGUGCCGGAACAAAAUCAAUGUUCCUCUCGUAGAAAUUUUGUCUCAGUCUGAAGGACAGAUAACCAGCGCUGCGAAUAAGAAGAUGGGAGUGGAGGACAUGAUCGAGCAGCUCAAUACCCUCAUAGCAGAAAAGAGAAAUGACGUGAAGGUGCAGAAGGACGAGGCCCAGAAACUGGAUGAGUAUUACCAGCAGAGAGUGGAGGAAGCUGACGAGGAUGAGAAGAAAUGGACCUCCGAGAUCGAGUCGCUGGAGAAACACCGGCAGCUGCUCGAGUCCGGGGUCAACAAAAGCAUGGACGAGGCGGUGAAGGAGCUCCAAAAGGUCCAGCAGGAACUACAGCUGGUCGAGCAUCAAACGGAAGAAGAGAUGAGGCAGGUGGGAAGUAAGCUGGUGCGCGUGGUGAACGCCGUGGCUAAUCACGUGGCGGUGAUAGAGAAACACCUGGAGGAGCGGCGGCUGAAGGUGGAGCGGGAGUUCGAGGAGUUCCGCAAGGAGGACUUAGUGGCCGACCUGCGAGAGCUUCUCUCCAGAUACAAGAAGAAGGUCCAGGUCCUGAAGGAGUCGGGAGAUUAGCCGCAGCCGGCAGCCGUCCUCCCUUUAUACGUAGAACUGUCUGCGGCCUCUGAAAUCUUCCGCCAGUCACAAGGAGCCGCGCAUGGGGAGGGAUGAGACUCUCCUGUCUCCUCUGCGGCCCCGCCAGCGAUCUGCCGCGGGAAGACAAAAGGCCAUCUUUUUUUAUUGCUAGCCGGCUCCUCUACAGACUAUCUUUUUGGGGGAAAUGCAUUUCCAAAAGGGACACGUUGUACAUGUAGAGGGGCCGCAGCUGUCGUAUACGAUGAGCGGCCCCUUUAACCCGAUCCUUGCUGAUCCGCGCUCUAGCUGGUUACUGUUACACGUCUUUGGAUGCCGUCGUGUUACAGUUAAUGUCGCGAUCCCGAAAGAAAAGUUCCGACCCUUAAAGCUUGCGCCACCGAUCUAAAAUAAACCACGUCAUAAAUUAA